AUGUACAACAUGGGAUACAACCAUGGAGAGCCCCGCGCAUGCAAGGACUUGACGCUCGCAGCCGCCGCCGGCAAGACCUCCGACGUGGUAAGGUCCAUUGAGCUAGGAGGGGAUGUGGACACGACCCUCAACACUUUCACCCCGCUCAUGCGCGCGGCGACCUGGGGUCACGUCGACACGCUGGCCACCCUAAUCGCUGAAGGCGCCGACAUGUUCACAACGGAUAGGCAGGGUCGGACAGCUCUGGACUGGAGUCGCAUCGCGCGACGCGACAAGGCGGCUCGAAUUUUGGAGCGGGCGAUGGAGAACGAGAUUCGAUACCGCAGAGAGGCAACCAAGGCAGUCCGAUGCGACAAGGAGCUGUGGGCUGUGAUAGAGGCCAACGCGAGGCACGCCCGCGAGGUGGCUCACGCGGUGAACACUCGAGACCUCAAAGAGGUUAAGCGAAUCGUCGAUCGGGCACAGCUAACCCGGGACAAGUUUGUGUCCGUGUGCGAUCGGCUCGGGUUUCGGAGAAGAGAAGAGGCGAACGAACGAGCGAGAGAGAGUAGUUGUGGUGACAGUGUUGAGGCACCAGCAUCCACCGUAGAAGCAUUGAGUGUUCGUCCGACUCCACCGACAGCUGCGGAAGACCCGAGUGUUGCAGCACUAGCAACGCCUUGGACAGCUGAAGAUGGCACCAAAACGAACGACGGUUCCUUGCUAAGAGGAAUUCCAGUGUUCUUUCUCGAUGCCGAGGGGCGAGGGGGCACCACGGCGCUCGCCCUGGCGACGAUCGAAGACGAUGCCGAGACGGUGCGGCGUCUCAUGAAGGAGGGAGCGGACCCUGGUGUCGAAGCGAGCAGUGGCCACACAGCUCUCAGCUGGGCAGCCGUGUGCGGCUUCGACCUCGUCGCGGCCGAGCUGCUUCUUGGCAGCAACACCAACAAGCGCAGCCUCAGCAGCAGCAGCAGCAUCAGCGGCUCGUCGAGGUCGGGGCCGAUGCAAGACGCGAUCAAAGCAGUAACGAGGAGUACUGUGGUCGAGGGGAAGACAGCGCUGCACAACGCGGCCUUCAAUGGGAACUCCGGGGUUGUCGUGCUCCUGUUAGACCGGCUUCGGGAUCUUCUGCUGAGGGACGGGAUAAAAUGCGGCAACGAGGGCUGCCGACACCGUGACCGGCGCGACCGGAUGCAACGCCACGAGAGGACCGAGUGCCCGCGCCGCCCGGCCGGCUGCCCGACCUGCGGAAAGAAGCUGGCGGCGGGGGACCUGCCGCAGCACAAGGAGAAGGAAUGCGAGAAGAGAAUCGACGCCUGCCCCAACGCCUUCCUCGGGUGCUACGAUGCCAUGCCGCACGAAAGAAUCGCGGCACACAUCAGACACAUGCUGAGCAAACACCCGUGCGUCUUCGGCUGCGGGGAGAAUAUCACAAAGGCCAAGGUGGACGCUCACAUCAAGAAGGACUGCCGCAAGCGCAAGGUCCGCUGUAGACUGGGGUGCGGCUCGAACGUUGACGCCGGGGAGCUGCAACACCACGAGCAGGAGGUUUGCACGCAGCCGUGCCGCUGGGAGGGGUGCGGGGAGCGGCUUGGGCCCUUGGUGCGGCGGGAGUUGCACGAGCAAUCUCUGUGCCCCGAGCGUCCCGCGGAAUGCCCCCACGGCUGCGGCAUUAGGGGCGAUAGCAACGAUGACGGCGACGACGGCGGGACAUGCGAUGCAGCAACGUCCGAGGACGAAGAAAAAGGGACGGAGGAGAAGGAGGAGCAGGAGGGAGGAGAAUCGGUAGAGUUGGUUCCCGGGAUGCUGAAAUCGCAACAAGCGCUGGAGGACCUGGACUUUGUCUGGGCCGACCAGGGGGGCGACGGUGGCAGCGGUGCGAGUGGCGGUUCGACUGCGUGGGCGUGCGGCUGGAUUCCCGCGGCCGACAUGGCCGAUCACCUCUUGCACUCGUGCCCUAGGCGCUCCGCUCCGUGCCGGGAAGGGUGCGGGCAGAGCUUGGUCGUCAUGGAGGCCGAGCGGCACUACCAAGACCAUUGUCCCAAGCGGUUCGUGAUCUGCCCGCUAGGCUGCAGGGCGGAGGUGAGGCAGGAAAAACUCGCGGAGCACAUGGACGAGAACUGCCCGUUUCGUAGCUCACCGUGCGAGGCAUGUGGAAUUUCUCUGCCGCUUGAGAGCCACGCCAAGCACCUCGCUGAAAGCUGCCCCAGGGUGGCGGUCUGCUCGAGGGAGCAGCACGAGGCGGCGGGGUGUUCGGAGAGACUCGUCAAGUGCGAGUGCGGGAUGGAGCACCCCUUCUCCAAGACCGGAGAUCACAGGAUUACGACGUGUCUCGCAGUGGUGUCCUACUGCUCUCUAGGGUGCGGGGUCAAGGUCCGCAAGAUGGACGUGGACCUUCACCAGGAAAAGUACUGCGAGCGCAAGACCCUGCGCACAUUGAGCAAGAUGAUCGACUGCCCCCUUGGUUGCGGGCACCUUAUUCUACGGCAGUGGGAGUUCCAGCACCGCACGUUCGACUGCCCCAAGCGGCCGGCGUUGUGCCCACGGGGGUGCUCCGCGAAAGUCGCGGCCGACGAGGUGGCUGCUCACUCGUUGACCUGCGGCCGGCGACGAAUACGGGGUCACGUGCGGUCCGUUCGAACCCUGGUGAACAUCGGACACGCGGAAGUCAACCACGAAACCCGCGCCGGCAAGACUCCCCUGAUCGAGGCCGCGAGGCACGGCCGGACCGCCGUCGUGCGCCUCCUUAUCGAGCUCCGUGCGGUGAUCUCGUACAAGAACCGGCGCAGGCAGACGGCGACGUGGUGGGCCAACAGACUCGGACACCGCGACUGCGCCUUGCUCAUGACGAGGGAGGUUAAGGCAGAGACCACCCUGCGCCUCAUGUCGAGCCAGAUAGCACGCGGCGACGUGAAGGCCGUUCGAUCGCUCGUGGAAUCGGGCGAGCCGUAUACGGACAACCACCGCGAACACCUCGAAGCCGAGAUCGAACGGGUGGCGACAGAGCUCGAGGCUGCCUCGAAGAAACUCCGUGAACUUUCCACGUUGAAGGAGAAGCUGUCUCCGGAGCUCGAGCGACUCAAGGCAUCCCUCACCAAGGAUCUAGCUCGGCGGUGCAAGAUACAGCGGGAGGCCGCCAAGAGCACUCGAGCUGGCACCCGCGGCAGGAACCUGGAGAAUCAAUUGGCGGUGUCUACAACCAGACCAUCAGGGGUGGCGGCCAUCUCGUCGCAAUCGUUCCAGGCCAUGCAGAGCAGGGCGCUCCGCCUCUUCCAGCGGAGCGUAUCUCGCUUUCAGGUGCUCACCGAGGACGACUUCAAGAGAGUCGCAGACCUUAACCUGUUUCCGGAAGACGUAGGCGUGAGAAAGAUGGCCGUGGACAAAGCAGAGGGAGGUAAGAACGAGGGUGAGGCUCUCAAAAAGGCGGACUCUAAGGCUGAGGUGGACGGAGAAGCAGUUCCCACCGUACAGGAAGGAGACAGAGAAGAACACGCCGGUAUCGCAGAGGAGAAAGAGGCAGGAAGGAACCCUACCCCCAGCCUUUCCGCCGCCACCUCCUCCUCCUCCUCUUCCCGACGCCAGCUUACUCUAGGGCAAAGCCACAGCGGUAAUGACGCGGACGCAGGGGAACUGGGUGUCAAGGAAGUGAAUCCGGCUUCAUCACCGCCUGCUACCACUAUUCCCGCGGCCGCAGCAGUUCUACGUGUGGUAAGAGCCACCGUGCUGGUGCUCGGUGGGUGCGGUCUUGGGGCUCUUCCUUCGGACAAGGAUCUGUGGAAAGCUGUCAAACCAAUGCUCUCUGACGGAAGCUUGCGCCACCGAGUCCGACACUUUGACCGGCGCAGCAUCCCCGUCGGGGUACUGGACGGAGUACGAGCUCUGCUUAACAUCGGCACCGACGGCAGCGCAGAAGGCAACACCCAAGGAGACUCCGAACGGCGUGGCUCGGGUGGUCGUCUACCCGGGCCACUUGAUGACGCGCGUUCGUCCCCACACUCCGACAGGACUGUCACUCUUAGCGCGGACUCGACCUGCGAGCAGAGCGGCGGCGGGAACACCACCGAGAGUGCGUCGGCCAUCGAAGAAAACCACAGCGGCGACGAAGAAACAACCCCUACUGUUGACGGAAACAGAGCCGCACACGAGCUCAGCACACAGCUAUCAAUAUACCACGGCGGAACCGACAACAGCAACGGCAGGGCCGACGCCAACCAUCGUAGAAACACGACUAACUCACAGAUGUAUUCCUCGACCACCGAUGACGGAGGCGGGCGCACCACCAACGACGACGACGACGAUGACGACGAAGACGGCGACGACAGUGACUACAGCGGUGCGGAUGAGGACCCAUGGGGAGACGGGUACGGCGAAUCGAGGUGGGGACAACUGACAGUCAGGGGCACAGAUAUCGGUACCAGCCACACAGGUGGUGAUGCUGGUGCUGAAUUGACCCUUAUCCGGGCUCUCGGGUCAUGGUGCGCUUCGGUGUCGGCAUACGAUAGGCUGGCACACCUGCCGCCUGGAAGCGCCGCGCGACGGGCAGCGGAGACCGAGACGGAAUGGGACGAGCUGGAGAGACGUAUCGCUAGGUUAAAGUUGGACGUGCAGCUGGAAGAAUUUAGCUUCCAAGUGCUUACGGAAGAAAUCGCCAGCGCCACCACAUCCGCGGCGUAUCUGACCCAGAAACUAGCGUGGGUCGAAGACAGACUGGGGGUAGCGCGCCUCUUAUCCCUCUUCUCGCCGGCGGGGCACUCGCUGGUUUCCUGGGCGGCAGCGUGCGGACAGACGGAGAUUGUCGAGAUCCUGAUGAGUCACGGUGCGACGGCGGAGCUCGGCGACGAAACCCGAGCCGUUUCCGCCUCGAUCAUACAGGUGCACCCUUGCACGGGUAGCGAGUAUCUGGUGCGGUGA